AAAAGCCUCCCAAGCAGGGGGGGGGGGGGCACUUUCACAACAGAGACUCGCCAUCCAGAGGGAGCAGACCUUAAGAUCAACCGUACAUUUAUCAUGGAUAACCAUUCCUACAACUUCCCAUCUGACUGCACCCCCCUCACUAACUGCAAGUCGGCCCGUAAGCCGGCCGGAUCCACCGUGGUCAACAUGGGCAGCGUGGGGAAGAAUCCCCCCCGGGAUUAUCUGCUCUGGUCCCUCUGCAACACCUUCUAUGUCAACUUCUGCUGUUUGGGCUUCAUGGCUCUCAUCUACUCCAUCAAGGCUCGGGACCAGAAGACGCUGGGAAACCUGCAGCUGGCCCAGGAGUGCUCAGAUAAAGCCAAAUGGUACAACAUCCUGGCAGCCGGUUGGAACCUGCUGAUUCCUCUGCUGGCCGUCGUCCUCAUCGUCCUCCUGCUGGUCCACCUCGGCUCUUCUCAGGGUUCCUAUGAUUUCCUGGGAGAAGACGGCUUCCAAAACUUCCUGAAGCUGUUCAGCUGGUAGAGGAGGGCCAGACCCCCCGCUGGAUGCAGAUGAUGAUGAUGACAGACACAAUAAAAAAAGAUUUGUUCUGUGCAGAGAUGUUAAAACUUCUGCUCAGAUUCUGAAUUAUUGUGACGCUGAUUAUUUAUUUUAGGAUCUCUCUGCCAAAGCAAAGACGACAACAAGCCUUCAACACUAAUUCAGCAAAAACAUCCGAGUUGUUCCUAAAAUGAUUCGCAAAAAAAGGCGAAACCUUAAAACCUGUUGAUGCUUUACGCUGUGAACCAAAGGCAGAAAUGAAGGAAUAAAUAGAAACAUUAAAGGGAUAGAUUAAAUUUAUUGGAAGCAAGAAUGUUUGAAUUAUAAAAUCCUGUAAUAAAGGAAGUGACGUCACAGUGAGUUUGAUGAAAAAUAAAAUGAUCUUCAUCUAAGCUAACAGCUAGUAGCUGAUGACCAUUUAUGGCUGUUCCAGCGAAACAGAUGGAUGAAAAUAUGGAUUCCUGAGAGACGAAGCUUUCCAGGUAAAUUUCACUGAGCUCAGGACGCUUCUUAUCGCUUCAGCUCGGCUGCUUACGUCUUACCUUUGCAGGCAUAAGAAGCUCUUAUUGGUUCACUAUAGAUGUACACUUUGUAGAUCUCAUAGCAGAUGAGGCAGACUCGGCUAAGAAAGCAGCCACAAACCUUUAAGGUGUAGAUGUGCAUUAAAACAGCAUUUUAGAGUUGAUCAAUAUUCUAGAGUCACUUUCUAUGUUGGUCAGAGGAGUGAGUUAGAAUCCUGCUCGUUCACUUUGCCUCAACAUCUCUGCAAAAUCACAUCUAUCUGCUGCACAUGGGGGGGGGAAUUAUGACCAAACAAAACCUAAACUAAUUCCUUAGUCUAACUUUAAAUCCUGACAUGAACACACGUGUGAAGUCCGCUUGAUUUUGGUAUUUAUUGUAUUUAUGUUACCUAGAAUUUGAAAAACAGGAAUAAAAAAAUAGCCAAAGUUUAAAGGCCAAAAUGAUGAGAAGCCAAUUAAUAAUAUUAGAUGUAUUUCAGCAUUUCUAACAUAACUUUAUAAAUCUCUCCUUUUUACUGUAUUUUAUCACGUUUUUGUGUUUAAAGUAUUUUUCUUUUGUAACACCUUUUUCGUCGUCCUUUGAAAUAAAUGAAUCCAACUCUGUAGUAAAA